ACUUCAAAACACAAGGAAGCAAAGGUAGAGUCGUUUGUGAUGUAAAUUAAACACUAUUUCUUGCCGGUUUGGCUUGUUCCCGCCGCUUUGAUCUUGGACUAUGGCGAGAUCAAAAAGAAAAUCAAAGAAAAAGGCCGAAGAAGUCGUUGUUUCGGCAAAGAAAGGAAGACAGACAGAAUCCAUUACAAGUGAUAUUGAUAAUACAGGCUUUGAUCAACUUGUUGCUAAUGCAGGAAUCUUCCUUAAAAAUUCUGAUGACAGCCAAGAUGAAAUAGGUGUUGAUGUGCCAAUCUUUCAGAAGAGACUCACAGCUGCUAUUAAAAGCCAUCAGAAUUAUCCAAAGGUUAUUGAAGAAUUUGUUGAGAGUCUGCAAAAAAGGUCUGAAACCCCUGAAAGAUUUCGCCUGAGCCUUUUGCCCAUUCUUGUUGCUGAAGAGAGCGAAGGAAGCAUUCAUGGACACAACCAAGAGAGUUUGAUUCGGAUAUUAUUAGGAAUUGACCUUCUACAGCCAAGAAUUGCCAACAUGCUGCUAGAGAAGUUACCCGAAUUAAUGGGUGAUGAGAAUGGACAUGGGUCAAAUAAUGGUGAAACUAACACUGCUCGGCUUAUUAUGAACCAGUUCCGAUGGCUUGACAGAAUUGUUAAUAGCAAGGAACUAACAGAGAAGAUGCUAGAAAUGGUGAGCAUAACAUCUCCUGAUGUUCAACAUGAGAUCAUUACCUGCUUACCUGAGGUGGUAGAUGACACUGAACACACAGGAGUGGCUCUGCAGUUAAGGGAGCUUCUACUACAAAACACAAGCCUUGCUGUACCAAUCCUAUAUGCUUUAUCAAACCUAAAUCUGAGACAAGAUUUGCUAGCUGAGGUACGAGUGUCAGUGUUACAGAUGUUGCCAUCAGCUGAGCUUGACGAUCUUCCUGUUGUUACCAAGUUUAUCUUACAGUCUGUAUCAGAUAAUGAUGCUUUUGAGGUCAUAAGUGAACUGAGAAUGAACCUGGACUUCGGUUCCUUGAUUCCCCAGUCAUCCUCUACACCAUUAAAUCCAAGACAGGAGGGUGCUUCAGCCAGUGCUGAUAAAGAUGGAGAACUGCUGACUCUAGAUGCAAUACGCUCAGGUAUCAGAUUCCAGAAGUCAGUAGCAGAAGGCUGGUUAAAGGCCAUAGAAUCUGUUAACUCUGCAGCUUUGCAUAAGGUCAUCGAUCUCUUUGUCCUUCUCAUUCUUCAUUCUACUGGUAACCGCAAAAAGACAGUAGAGAGUCUUUUCAGAAAUAAAAUCAAAGUUGGCCAUUUUACCGAGGAGAUGCUCUCCUCAGCUUUCAAUUCACAUAAUCAGAUUCUACGCGAGUACUUCAGCAAUCUACUGUCUCUUGGUGAAGUGCUUCUGAGAUCCCCGGAGACCUCUGUUUCUUCAUACGCAUGCGCUAUUUACAGGCUCGCCUUCGCAUCCUUUGAUCUCUACUGCAAGCAGGAAAUCGUAGGUGCCCUGGUGACUCAUAUCGGUAGUGGCUUCGCAACUGAAGCUGAUUCCUCUUUAGAUGUGUUAUCAGACCUCGUGGAGACACACCCUAAGAUCAUGGCUCCUUUUGCUGUCUUUAUCAAGGGUAUUCUGGAUUACCUGGACAAUCUCACACUGAGUCAAAUCAGAAAGGUCUUUUCAAUGCUGAGCACUCUUGCCUUCAGUAGCCCACGGGACGGUGCCAUGAUACAGGAUGAUGUGCAUAUUGUGAUCAGGAAACAGCUAUCCAGUAGCUGCCCAAAAUAUAAAAGAAUAGGUAUCAUUGGGGCUGUCAUGAUUGUCCGCAGUAUGGCCAGAAAAAGAUCUGAUGAUGACAACGCCGCAACGUCUUCCCAAUUCUUUUCCUCGAUUAGCAACGAUAUUUACAAACAGAUCGUGAACUUGCUUGACAUGGUUCGUUCGAGUGUGGCACGAGUCCCUGAAGCGGCUGCCUUAUUCUACGAUGAGCUGACCAGAGUUAUUGAACAGGGCGAUGUAGACAGGAAAAUUAAGAACUGGAUCAGUGAGACUGUUGUUUCUGAUUUUCAAGAAGAUUUUCUUGUUGACAGAGAUGCCCCUUUACCAAAGGAUACUCUUCCUAUUGAAUUCGUUUAUGGACUUGACGAGGCUGAAGAAGGUAGCAUCGCACUGAACAUCCUUCCGUUAUUAUUGACUGCUGCUGCUGCGACCUCCAAACCACAGUCUGUACUUGACAAGCCUCCUGUUGCUUCACUGGUAUGUUUAGCACCUCAUUUCCGUUUGUUAAGAAUCUGUGAACAAAGUCAACAUAAUGGAGACUUGGAAGGAAUCGAUGCCUUAUUGGGUUGUCCAUUAAUCACCUUUAAGUUUGAUAUGCUGGAGGAGAUCAAUACUUUGGCCCAAGCUGACCGUGAGGUUAUGUGUAAAGCACUCUUCUACACCGUUAACUGGUUUAUUGAGCUCAUCAAUGGUUUUGCCACACAAGGCGAUCCUGAGAUGAAGGGGAAGACCCUAACACGACUAAAUGACAUAACAUGUCUGUACAAACAGAUCGAAACAUCCCUGACAGCUACACCAACUUUCACCCCUUCGCUAGCAACUUUUGAUGGCGAGAGCCCAGCUCCUGUGGUUCUUCAAACCGCAACAAAAGGGAAGCGAUCGAGAAAGGCGUCAAAAGGGAAUGAAACGAAGAAGCUAGAUGAAACCAUUGAAAAGCUUGCCGACAAGGAAAAUGACAAAGAUUUGGACUCGUCGUCAGUGAGUGUAGUGGAAAAAGAUAAGCGAAAAGACAAGGCGUCAUCCUUCUCCAUGUCGCAAUGCAGACCGUAUCUCAGGUGGAUGUUGCUCGCAAAUAACGAUGGUAUAAUGGAUGGACCAGGAUGUAACACUGAAGAGGCUUCAAUCAUGAAUCAAUGUUACCAUCUCCUGUUCAGUUGUCUGCAAACCUUCUUUUCCUGGAGUGGUUUUCUUAGCAGCGAGAACCAGGGGUUGUUAAAGAAAGCACUGACCGUUCUCUCAUCUCGCACAAAGCUGUCUAAUUUGACUCAGUCAGGACUUCAAGAGCUACUUAAGCAGUCAUUCCACUACCUGGAGCAGUUUUCCAAUACCAUGAUAGACAUGGCUACAGCCCUAACACUAACCAAACUAUUAGUGGUCUUGAGUGAAAGGCUAGAUAAUCAAGAAAUCAAUAAAGCUAUUGCUAAGCUGACCGGAGGUUUUCUAAAGCGAGAAUGGAUCAAGAGUAACGGAGAGAAAGAUAGUGGACCAAAAUAUAACGAGGCCCUUCAGUAUCUUUUAAGGUUUAACUUCUCAUUCUCCGAGGACCCACUGGCAGCCAUUGAAGAAAUAACUGCUGGUGCUUUCACUGAGUUAAUGGAGGACGACACGUGCGCAGCAUCUGAAUCAUAUCCAACACUUACGAGAUCGACGGUGCCUUCAUUUUACCGUGCAGUCUUUGAAGAGUUAAUCGCAUAUCUAAAACAAACACAUGGAGUUCCUUUGAAAAGAACUGAUGUGGAACAGGCGAAUGAACGAUUGACGCAAUUGAAUAUUAUUGUCAGAGAAUUCCACAUCCUUAUCAACCUGGUCAAGGCAUUUGAUCAAAGGCAAGUCUUGGCUUCAGCUCUUAAGCUUGGAAGAAUUUUUGUUGAGACAUUUCUGAAGCUUGGCAUGCCUUUGCUGGACCAGACGUUGAGAACUAACAAGGAUGUAGUUCAUGGGCUUUUGAAAAACCUACAACAAAGYACAAGAUGUCUGCAACAUUUCUGUGGCCACACAAAGGUUUUUAAAGACAUCGCGCUAACCAACCAUGUUCCCGCAGUCAAGAAAUGCUUGGAGUUAUUUGUGUUCCGAGUCAAGGUUAUGCUUACAGUGAACCAGUGUCAUGAAGCAUUCUGGAUGGGGAAUUUAAAGAACCGAGACAUUCAAGGGCAAGAGAUCCUAUCCCAGCAGUCAACUCGAGGGGAUGAAGAUAACGACAAUGAUGAUGAUGAUGACAAACAGAACGAAGAUCAAGAAAUGGAAGUGGUUAAUGAUAAUGACGAAGAUGAUGAUGAUGACGAGGACGAGAAAAAUGAAGCUGAGAGUGUAGUCAGUCAUGAUUCUGGUGGUGGAGAUGAUGAUGAAGAUUCCUGUAGUGAUAGCUUUUAAUAACGAAAAGAAAUAUUGUUAUGAGAAGAGAUUCAUGAGGAAAGCAGCAUGCGUUGAAAGUAAAAGUAAAAUAAUGAAAAGAAAAAAAAAAAA